AUGGCCGGAAGUCAGCCUCUGCACAAGCAGCCCAUGAUAUCCAUUGGUGGAGGAGAGAAGUACAUGCACGGAGGGAAGUGCAUAAGCCAAGUGAAAUUGAAGGCGGCAGGGGAGGUCUCUGUGGGACAUGGAGGGGAAGGGAAGUAUCCAUGGGACGUAGAGGAGAGAGGGGAGAUCUCCAUGGAGUGUGGAGGGGGAAAGGAGGUGACCAUAGCUCUGCUUCCUCCACAGGGAGGGGGAGUGGCCCAGUCUGGCUCCAUCCAGCAGGCUUCACCAGUGCCCUCGGCCCCACCACAGGCAGAGCCGUUGGGCUCUGCCCGUGUUGCUAGACUUCCAGUUCACUUUUGUUCAGGCAAUUCAGAUCUCAGAGAAAUUUGCACUAACGGGGUGAGUUCAGUCAAACCUGGCUAUGUGCGAACUAUCAACUGGAAACAGAAUGCUGGCCAUGAAAAGGAGGACUUUCUCCUUGCUGUGCCCUUUGUUAAAACUUUUUUGUACUCGCCGUUAAGAACUAUAUACAGGGUUUCUGCAGAGGCUGUGACAGAAACCAAGGCAGCGGGAGUCCCGUUUGGGAUUGCCAGCCUGCGUGUGUUUAUUAAAGUCAAAAUAUAUUUAAAAAUCAGUGGCAGUUCUGUGGUAGAGAUUCAAGGAGAUGAAAUGACACAAAUCAUUUGGGAAUUGAUUCAAGAGAAACUCAUUUUUCCCUAUGUGGAACUGGAUCUACAUAGCUAUGAUUUAGGCAUAGAGAAUCAUGAUACCACCAACCACCAGGUCACCACGGAUGCUGCAGAAGCUAUAAAAAAGUAUAACAUUGGUGUCAAGUGUGCCACUGUCAUCCCUGAUGAGAAAAGGGUUGAGGAGUUCAAGUUGAAACAAAUGUGGAAAGCGCUAAAUGGCACCAUCCAAAAUAUUAUUCUGGGUGGCACAGUCUUCAGAAAAGCCAUUAUCUGCAAAAAUAUCCGCCAGCUUAUGAGUGGAUGGGUAAAACCCACCAUCGCAGGUCGUCAUGCUUAUGGGGAUCAAUACAGAGCAACUUAUUUUGUUGUUCCUGGGCCUGGAAAAGUAGAGCUAACCUACAUACUAAGUGACAGCACCCAAAAGGUGACAUACCUGGUACAUAACUUGGAAGAGGAUGAUAGUGUUGCCAUGGGGAUGUAUAAUCCAGAUAAGUCAAUUACAGAUUUUGCACACAGUUCCUUCCAAAGCUCUAAGGGUUGGCCUUUGUAUCUGAGCAAAAACACUAUUUUGAAGAAAUAUGAUGAACGUUUUAAAGACAUCUUUUAGGAGAUAUAUGACAAGCAGUACAAGUCCCAAUUUGAAGCCCAAAAGAUCUUGUAUGAGCAUAGGCUCAUCGAUGACAUGGUGGUCCAAGCUAUGAAAUCAGAAGGAGGCUUCAUCUGGGCCUCUAAAAAGUAUACUGGUGACAUGCAGUCAGACUCUGUGGCUCAAGGGUAUGUCUCUCUUGGCAUGAUGACCAGUGUGCUGGUGUGUCCACAAGGUAAGACAGUAGAAGCAGUGGCUGCCCACUGGACUGUAACCUGUCACUACCGCAUGUCCCAGAAAGGCCAGGAGAUGUCCAUCAAUCCCAUUGCUUCUAUUUUUGCCUGUACCAGAGGGUUGGCCCUCAGAGCAAAUAUUGAUAACGAUAAAGAGCUUGGCUUCUUUGCAAAUGCUUUGGAAGAAGUCUGUAUUGAGACAAUUGAGGCUGGUUUCAUGACCGAGGACUUGGCUGCUAGCAUUAAAGGUUUACCCAGUGUGCAAUGUUCUGACUACUUGAAUAUGUUUGAGUUCAUGGACAAACUUGGAGAAAACUUGAAGAUCAAACUGGCUCAGGCCAAACUUGAAAUUCAUACCUGGGCUGAGGAGGAUAAGUAUCUUUUGGCAACUAGGUCUACAGGUUUACAUUUUUCUGUGUCACACUCAAGGCUAAAGGCAAAAUCUAUUUUGUAAUUUGUUUAGAAGCCGGAGUUUAUCUUUUCUAUAAGUUUAUAGUCUUUUUCUUAUAUAUAGUUAUUGCCGCCUUUGUGAAUGUGGCAAGGGACUUUAAAUUUUAUUUUCUGGUAGCAGCCUAGGAAUUUGGUUAGUACUCAUUUGUAUUCACUGUCACUGUUUCUCAUGUUCUAUUAUAAAUGACCAAAAUCAAGAGUGCUCAAAAGGGUCAAUGAUAGCCACAGUAUUUUUCCCUAGAAUAUGCAUAAAGUAGAAAUGUACACCCUUCUUCUCCUGUCCAUGACCUUGGGCACGGGGAGGUUUUGUUGUUAAAGAUGUCCCAUUAUGUGAUGUAGAGCUGUACAUUAAACUUGCACAUGACUGGAACAAACUAUGAAUACAAUUAAAAUGUGUUGAAGAUACUGCAGUUAUUUUUGUAAAGAGCUUGCUGAAUGUUUCCAAUAGACUAAGUAUUUUUCAGGCCACAGGAGAGUUUGGCAUCUGGGAUAAAUACUACCUGGA